GCUCUCCGUGCGCUCCCCGCCCUCGCAGCUCCGCGGCUCCUCCCCGCCCCACGCCCAGGUGUCCCCCAGCCGGAUCGCGCCGCUCCCCCGCGGCAGCAGCAGCACCACCAGCAAUAGCAGCAGUAAUAGCAAUAGCAGCAGAAAUAGCAAUAGCAGCAGCAGCCUGGGCCGGGCGCGGUCCCGGAGCCGCCGCCCGGCCCCCUGAGGAGGAGCGGCAGGAGGCGCCGGGUGCCUCUCCCGGCGGGAGCGGGCUCUGGCUCUGGCUCUGGCUCUCCUCCCGGCUGCCGGCAGCCCCGGGGGCGCGGCCAUGUCCGGAGCCAUGAAGUUCAGCGGGUACCUGAAGGUGCGCAUCGGGGAGGCGGUGGGGCUGCAGCCCACCCGCUGGUCCCUCCGGCACUCGCUCUUCCGCAAGGGAUACCAGCUGCUGGACCCCUAUGUCACCGUCAGCGUGGACCAGGUGCGCGUGGGGCAGACCAGCACCAAGCAGAAGACCAACAAACCCACCUAUAAUGAGGAGUUCUCGGCCACGGUCACCGACGGCCACCAGAUCGAGCUCUCUGUCUUCCACGACACCCCCAUCGGCUACGAUGACUUCGUGGCCAACUGCACCUUGCACUUCCAGGACCUGCUGCGCUCCGCCGCCCCCAGCGACACCUUCGAGGGCUGGGUGGAUUUGGAGCCAGAAGGCAAAGUGUUUGUUGUCAUAACUCUUACAGGAAGCUUCACAGAAGGGACUCUGCAGAGGGACCGGAUCUUCAAGAACCUCACUCGGAAGCGGCAGCGGGCGAUGCGCAGGCGCGUGCACCAGGUGAACGGGCACAAGUUCAUGGCCACCUACCUGAGACAGCCCACCUACUGCUCCCACUGCAGGGAGUUCAUCUGGGGCGUGUUUGGGAAGCAGGGAUACCAGUGCCAAGUGUGCACCUGUGUUGUACACAAGCGCUGCCAUCACCUCAUUGUCACAGCUUGCACGUGCCAAAACAAUACUAACAAGAACGAUCUCAAGGUGACUGAACAGAGGUUUGGGAUCAACAUUCCUCAUAAAUUCAGCGUCCACAACUACAAAGUCCCGACGUUCUGUGACCACUGUGGCUCCUUGCUCUGGGGGAUCAUGAGACAGGGUCUGCAGUGUAAAAUCUGUAAAAUGAACGUCCACAUCCGAUGCCAAGCAAACGUUGCUCCAAACUGUGGGGUGAACUCAGCAGAGCUUGCAAAAACCCUGGCCUGCAUGGGUCUGCAACCAGGAAGCAUUUCCCCAAAUUCAAAACUGGUCUCUAGAUCUACGCUGAAACAUCAGGGAAAAGGCAGCCUGAAGGAUGGCAACAACAUUAGUGAAAGUUCAGCAAGCAAACUUGGGAUCAAAGACUUAACCUUCCUUCGUGUGUUGGGAAAGGGAAGCUUUGGAAAGGUGAUGCUUGCCAAGAUGAAGGAGAGUGGGCAGCUGUAUGCAGUGAAGGUGCUGAAGAAGGAUGUCAUUCUCCAGGAUGAUGAUGUUGAAUGCACCAUGACUGAGAAACGCAUUUUGUCCUUAGCCAGGAACCAUCCCUUCCUCACCAAGCUCUACUGUUGCUUCCAGACUCCUGAUCGCCUGUUCUUCGUGAUGGAGUUUGUCAACGGCGGGGAUUUGAUGUUCCACAUCCAGAAGUCGCGGCGCUUCGACGAAGAUCGGGCUCGGUUCUACGCUGCAGAAAUUAUUUCAGCCCUCAUGUUUCUCCAUGGCAGAGGCAUCAUCUACCGGGACUUGAAGCUGGACAACGUGCUGCUGGACUAUGAGGGGCACUGCAAGCUGGCAGACUUUGGAAUGUGCAAAGAGGGCAUCCACGAUGGCAUCACCACAGCCACCUUCUGUGGCACGCCAGACUACAUCGCUCCAGAGAUCCUGCAGGAGAUGCUGUAUGGCCCUGAUGUGGACUGGUGGGCCAUGGGGGUGCUGCUGUACGAGAUGCUGUGCGGCCACGCGCCCUUCGAGGCCGAGAACGAGGACGAUCUCUUCGAGGCCAUUCUGAACGAUGAAGUCGUCUACCCAACGUGGCUCCAGCAGGAUGCAGUGGCAAUCCUCAAAGCAUUCAUGACCAAGAACCCCUCGAUGCGGCUGGGCAGCCCCGGGCUGGGCGGCGAGAGCGCGAUCCUGCGGCACCCCUACUUCAAGGAGCUGGACUGGGACCUGCUGAACCAGCGGCAGAUGGAGCCCCCCUUCCGACCCCGCAUCAAAUCCAAAGAUGACGUGAGCAACUUUGAUCCAGAUUUUAUAAAAGAGGAGCCCAUCCUGACCCCCAUUGAAGAAGGCAUCCUUCCAAUGAUAAACCAAGAUGAAUUUAGAAACUUUUCAUUCACCAGCCCAGAACUGCAGCAAUAGCUGUGGCUCUGGAGAAAGGUUGCUUAGAGGACUGGGAGGAAAUUAAAUGAAAACCAAGUUUACCAGUAAUUUAAUUCUCAAGGAGUAGCAGUGCACUGACUUGAACAAUACAGCAGCACCACUGUCAGUGUUACCUUAAUGUGAAAUUGAAACCUUCCUGUGUUUGUAGGACUUCUGCAGCUCUUGGAUCAAAUAUUGACAGGGGUGGAACAAACAUGAGAUUGUAAAUAGCUGAUGCAGACAGAGCACUGGAUGCUGAGCUGGUUGGCUCAGCCUGAAUGUCACCACUUGCAGUGGAUUCGAGGAGUCGGCAUGAGCAUGAAACAAGUGUCUUGCAGCCCUGAGCCAAACAGUCUUGUUGCAAUGCUGAUUUUUUGCAAGACUCUUUUGAGGAGUCCCAGCACUGUCCAGCGUUUUGGAGACGUGAUCUAACAUCCCGUGGCCUGACUGAACCAGAUGUCCCUACUGACUUUACCUGUUUCCUGCAGUAUUUAUUUCUUUACGAAGCACAAAUGGCUCUUUUUGACACUGUUUGGGUUCCCAUGUGAAAUAUUUCAUUGUGCUAACUAGCAGAAGGAAAAAAAAAACAAAUGCCCUGUGCCCCACACAGAUUCUUCCAAAUCAAAGGGAAGUCAUGUGCUUGUAGUGUUUUACUCUUUGUGCGUGUUGAAAAGUUUUAGUGUUUGCAUUCUGUGAAAUGCCUUUUUACAUCAUGCAUCUUCAAUGCUCCUUUCUUUGCCUCCCAGCUGUUUUCAACUAUAAUGUAACUUGUUGUACUGUUUAUUUAGGCCCUUUCUAUUUAAUUAUGUUACACAGAGCCCCUUUUGUGGGUUUAGUGCCUCAUUAAAAUUUUGAUCCAAAGUGGUAGCACUUAAAUUAUUUGUAGCAUUAUUGCAAUGGGAGCCACAGAGCUGGCAAGCUGCUUGAAAGCAGAGCUGUCAACCAACAGGUAACACAAAAGGACAGCUUUUCUCCCAUGAGAGUGAUAAACCUGAUCUAAAGAUGGAGUGACUUGGUUUUGUUUGGAUUUAAGAGCUCAUUACUUACAGGGCACUUCUUAUCGGUGGUGGCAUCCUCACGCUUCUGCUGCAGGCAGACUGAGAUGAUUUUUCAUUGCAGAUUUUAGAGCCCAGAUGCUCUGGAAGAUGGUUCUGUGCUUUUCUUAUUCUCCUGAAAGUUGGAUGAUUUUUCUGUAGCUCCUUGGCACACCUUUGCACUCCUUGCUGGGCUUGAAACUGUGUGACAGGUUUAUAGCCUCUUCCUUGGGCAGAUAUGAAUUCCUGGAGAAGGAUUUCUAACCUCUUGCAAAACUGAUGAUGUUUAUAUAGGGCUCCUCACAUGCUUUAACUUGAGAGAAGAGUGAGGUGCAGCAUAGAGGGACAGUUGUGCACAGACCUUGUCCCACUGCAGCUGUGGAUGUUGUGCAGGGGAGCAGGAGCCUGGGGCAUGGAAAUUACAGAGGUACAGCCCCCAUUACAGCACAGCCCCCCUGGUCUGUACAUGCUCACCUGCUGGGAGAACGAGUUAGAAAGGAGAAAUCAAAGCUGAGAUGUACAUGCAAGAGUUAUUCCUUCCCACUCCAGUCUUCUCUACUCAACUGAGUCACUUCUACCUCUGAAGCAUCUCUGAACUGUCUGACAGCUGGGGCAGAGACUCACUUACCCUUGGACUCUUCUUGUCUUUCAGCCUGUGUGUUCCAUGAGUUCUCCCCCUUUCUUUCCUGUGUCUCCUCUUCUGGUAAGCACAGCUUCAUCCCCUGAUCUCCCUUCCUCUCCAUGGGCACCUUCUGGCCCCAUUGCAGCCCAUCCCUUUGCUGCUGUGUAGAUACCCAGCUCCUCCAACGAGGGGCAAGAGAGGAAGAAGGACAGGUUGUGUUGUGUAUGCAGGAGAAAAAGAACAGAUUUCCAGAAAAAUGAUCCAAGAAGCAGCCCUGCAGUCUGGCUUGAGUUGUUUUCCCAUAUAGGAAGGAGCAGUACAGGGAUGGAUGCAUUAGCAUGAGGGGGCCCCUGUGGCACCUUGUUCAUGUGUGAAUGGCACUUGGUGUUCACUCUUCAUGCAGACAUGACCCAAAGCAAUUCCUCACUUCAGUUCCUACUCAGUUUCGUGGGAUUAUGACUGCAGCAGUGUUCACUUGGCAAGGUGUAAGUGCAGCCAAGUUGGCCACCAAGAGUGGGAGCCCCAAAACUGUCUGAAUUUUGUGUUGGUGGCUUUUUGACUCUCCCACUCUCAAGGAUGGUAAGCAGCCUCUCCUUCCCUGGUGGUCAGUUCUGGAGAACAGUGAUACAUCUUUUUAUUUUCCAGUACAGUGGUAUCAUCCCAGGGUUUCAUCUCUGUGGCUCAGGAGACCUUAUGGAACAGUUCCUGCUGAAGAAGCUGCUGCCACAGUGUUGCCUUCAGCAUCAAAAUGUGAUAUCAUUUCCAUGGCCCCAGGAUCUGAGAGUUCACAUUGCUGACAGCAUGAAGAAUGUGCAGUAGUCACCUUUGGAGAGCUUUAUUGGUGUGUCAGUAUUAUAUCAUAUUUCAUAUUAAUACUCACCAAUCUGUGUCCUGAAAGCUUGGAGAAUGGGAACUAAGUCACCUCUGGAGGUGGUCUGCUAGGAUUGUUGUGAACUGCAAACCAGAAAGCUUGUACAUUUCUGGAGGGUAUGAGAUGGUAUUUUGGGGAGCAGGAGAGCUCUCACUGGGGCCAGUCAGUACUUGCUGUGGCCCAGACCUUGUUGGCUUAAUGGGGUAGGGUUCAAAUGACAAAGAGAAUUUCUCCCCCAGCUUCACUUUUCAUUGAUUUAGAGUGGCACCAGGGUCACUGCACCCUCCCAUCACCCUUGGUGCAAAUUCAUGGGCAGAUCUGUCAUUGGACUUGGAAACCUAAGGUUUUCUGCUAUACAGGAAUAUAGUAUUCACCUGGAUCCUGAUUUAUGAUUUAGGGCAGCUCUUCCCCUCCAUUGCCUGCCUGGAACUUGUAUGUCUGUGUAAUGUUUCCAGCCACUGGAGUCAGCAGAUCCUGAGUCAGCCACAUUUGGCCAAGAUCCCUGAACUCUCCCAUACUUUUUAUGAGGAGCUGCCUUUUCAGUUGUGUUCCCUAAGAUUCUGUCAGCAGUAUGGAUGAAGAUCAGCUCAAUAAAAAGUAUCAAUGCAAUAGCUUUGCUUUUGAAAAAGCUGGACUAGUGUUUGCACUGCCAUUGAAUAUGUGAAGAAAUAUUGAUUUAUUAAAGAAAGAGAAAAAUCAAGCAAGGGUACAAAAAAAGUGCAAGAGUUUUCCAGGAGCUACCCUGC